UCGACUGCAACCCCCUUUCAGCUUCGUCGUCAGCUCUCCACGAGGUUGAAGCCAGGACUGCGAGACCGGCAAGCCUUCCUGUUUCUCCCUCUUCUUCUCGGCUGCCAAUUGUUUUUCCUUUGCGGUCGUCGUUUGGUCUUCGGCCGCUUUUUCGUCUGGAAUCACAUGGUAGCCUUGUAAUUGCAGCUUGCCCAUUCUCGACUCUCGUUAACCCCGUUUUAUGAUCGACGUGCUUGUGGCUGAGAGUGCCGCACGAUCCCGGAACACGCUUUAAACUCUGAAAUCCAAAGAUCCUGUUCAUCGCGCUCCCAUUGUUUCGAAACGCUGCCCGGGACCAAAACCAUGGCUCGAUCGGCGAGCUCCAAGCCGGCGGCCACGCAGGCAUCUCCUCCGCCGGCUUCCAAAUUGGCCGAGAAACCAACGUCAAAGGCGACGAAGCGCAAGGACGACUACUCUUCUGAGGGUGUCGAGGACAAUGACGUCUUCCUCCUGCCCGGCUCAGAUUUCCAACUCGUGCUUGGGAUAACCGUGUUCGCUGCUAUUGUCCGCUUGUUCCGCAUCUACCAGCCUACCAGCGUCGUCUUCGAUGAGGUCCACUUUGGCGGCUUCGCUUCCAAGUACAUCAAAGGCCGGUUCUUCAUGGACGUACACCCCCCGCUCGCAAAACUCAUGAUCACGCUUUUCGGCUGGCUCGCUGGAUUUGAUGGAAACUUUGACUUCAAGGAGAUCGGCAAAGACUACCUCGAGCCGGGUGUCCCAUAUGUUGCUAUGCGCAUGUUCCCGGCCAUCUGCGGCAUUCUGCUCGCCCCGACUAUGUUCCUGACCUUGAAGGCUGCGGGAUGCCGCACUUCCACUGCGAUCAUGGGUGCUGGUGCCAUAAUCUUCGAGAAUGGACUGCUCACUCAGGCUCGUUUGAUUCUGCUCGACUCUCCACUGAUGAUCGCCACUGCCUUUACUGCUCUUGCUUUUACAAACUUCAGCAAUCAACAAGAACUUGGCCCCUCCCGGGCUUUCGGGCUUAGCUGGUGGUUCUGGCUCGCCAUGACUGGUCUUGGACUGGGGAUGACCGUCAGCAUCAAGUGGGUUGGGCUGUUCACCAUCGCGUGGGUCGGCGCCAUCACUCUGGUCCACCUCUGGGUUUUGCUCGGGGACUACAAGAACGUCACCAUGAGGAUAUUCACGAAACACUUCAUGGCCCGCGUCUUCUGCCUCAUUAUUAUCCCUCUUACCUUCUACAUGGCCAUGUUCGGCAUCCACUUCCUUUGCCUGGUCAAUCCUGGCGACGGCGAUGGCUUCAUGAGCUCCGAAUUCCAGUCGACUCUGAAUUCCAAGGGCAUGCAGGACGUUCCCGCCGAUAUCCUUAUGGGCAGCCGGGUCAGCAUCAGGCACGUGAACACACAAGGCGGCUACCUCCACUCGCACCCCCUGAUGUAUCCGACGGGUUCCAAGCAGCAGCAAAUCACCCUCUAUCCCCACAAGGACGACAACAACCUGUGGCUGCUUGAGAACCAGACCCAGCCCCUGGAUCUCAACGGCCAGCCUAUCAAUGGCACGAACGCAUGGUACAACAUCCCUGAGACCCCUUAUAUCAAGGACGGUGCCAUUAUCCGCCUCUAUCACCUCGCCACUCACCGCCGUCUCCACUCCCACGAUGUGCGCCCGCCCAUCACGGAAGCAGACUGGCAGAACGAGGUCUCGGCCUACGGCUAUGAGGGCUUUGACGGAGAUGCCAACGACUUCUUCCGCGUCGAGAUUGUUAAGAAGAAGUCCAAGAGCGGAGUUGCCCAGGAGCGCCUCCGCACAAUCGACACCAAGUUCAGGCUUGUCCAUGUCAUGACUGGGUGCGUGCUGUUCUCGCACAAAGUCAAGCUACCCGACUGGGCCUCGGAGCAACAAGAGGUCACCUGCGCCCGGGGCGGUACUCUUCCCAACAGCUUGUGGUACAUCGAGUCCAACGACCACCCCAAGCUCGGUCCGGAGGCCGAGAAGGUCAAUUACGCUAACCCGGGCUUCUUUGGCAAGUUCUGGGAGCUCCAGAAGGUCAUGUGGAAGACAAAUGCCGGCCUCGUCGAGUCGCAUGCCUGGGACUCCCGCCCGCCUUCAUGGCCUAUCCUGCGGCGCGGCAUCAACUUCUGGGGAAGAGACCAUCGCCAGAUUUAUCUGAUCGGCAACCCGAUCAUCUGGUGGAGCGCCACUGCGGCUGUCGUCAUCUAUGUCCUGUUCAAGGGCAUUGCGGUGCUCCGGUGGCAGCGUAGCUGCAACGACUACUCGAAUACGGUCUUCAAGCGGUUCGACUAUGAGAUCGGCACCUCGGUACUGGGCUGGGCGCUUCACUACUUCCCUUUCUACCUCAUGCAGCGCCAACUCUUCCUGCACCACUACUUCCCCGCCCUCUACUUCGGCAUCAUUGCGUUCUGCCAAAUCUACGACUUUGUUAUGGCGCGUAUCCCUGGCGUCGGCCUGAGAGAGAAUCCUAUCAUCGGCAAGGCGGGUGCUGUUGGCUUCCUCGCCCUGUCGAUGGUCGCUUUCACUCUGCUCUCUCCUCUUGCGUACGGAAACCCCUGGACGAAGGCCGAGUGCAACCGUGUCAAGCUCUUCAACACCUGGGACUGGGACUGCAACACCUUCUUGGACAGUUACGAGGCAUACUCUUCUCAGACGUCAACUCUGGCGGCUGCUAAGACUUCUCAACAGUCUGUGAACGCUCCGAAGGGGCAGCCCGCUGUAGCUGGUGGCGAGAUUGGCCAGAUCCCUAUUGGAGAUGUUAAACAGGCCCAGGCGCAGGAGGAUAAGCCCCAUGUCUCGGGCGCGCCUGAGGUGCCAGCCAACCAGAAGCUGCUCCGCACUGAGGAGCGCAUCGAGUACCGCGACCAGGACGGCAACCUGCUGAACGAGGAGCAGGUCAAGGCGCUUGAGGGCAAGGUCGAGUUCAAGACACGCUACGAGACACGCACGCGCGUCAUUGACGCCGACGGCAAUGAAAUCUUGCUCCCCUCUGGUGUCGAGGUCCCGCAGGAGCAGGAGCAGGCCGCGGCGGGUGUCGCACCGCCACACCCGGACGUCGAAGGUGUCGACCGGGAAACGGCCAAGAAUGUGGUUGCGGACGAGCAGAUCGCGGAGCCCAAACAGAGUGUCGAAGGCGAGAAGGAGGCCGAGGAGAAGGUGGCGAAACCGGCGAGCGAAAAGAAGGAGGCCAGUGCCAAGGUGGACGAGUUAUGAAUGGUCCCAACUUUGGCUUCCUGACCAGGGGGGGCCAGUGUAGGAUUGAUGAUGGGCGGCGCCGUCCGGUCUAUGCCCCUGUUGUAUUACCACCUUAAGCUUUACCCGCAUCAUCUGUGGGUCUCUACCUAAUAAGAUGGACAAGGAGAAAUGGAUGAUGAUUUAGGGCAUUGAGGGGUUGUAAAAGCAUCCACCUGGUUGGCUUGCUCAGGGGGGAAAGCUAGUAUUUCUUUGAUCUCAUUUGUCUUUGCCGAGUUGACGUAGAAUAAGAAGGAGGAAGGUAGAAGAUGCUUCAUACCUUAUAAGGACAGAGUGGGUGAUGAGGGAAGCAUACACGAACGACUCUACACCAACAGCAAGGAUCAUGCACCUAGUUACCUGAAUCCUGGAUCUUGUGCCAACCUACGGAGUACUAC